AUGGUUAAUGUUGUGUUAGGUUCCCAAUGGGGAGAUGAAGGUAAGGGUAAGUUGGUUGAUUUACUCGUUGGAGAGUACGAUAUUGUUGCUCGUUCAGCCGGUGGUAAUAAUGCGGGUCAUACCAUUGUUGUGAAUGGAGUUAAAUACGAUUUCCACAUGUUACCUUCUGGUUUGGUAAACCCCAACUGCCAAAAUUUGAUCGGUAAUGGUGUCGUGAUCCAUGUUCCAUCUUUCUUCGAAGAACUUAAAUCAUUAGAGGCCAAAGGUUUGAAAAAUGCUAAAGGUAGAUUGUUCAUUUCUUCUAGAGCCCAUUUGGUUUUCGAUUUCCAUCAAAGAACUGACAAGUUGAGAGAACUUGAAUUGUCAGGUGCUUCAAAGGAUGGUAAGAACAUUGGUACCACCGGUAAAGGUAUUGGUCCAACUUAUUCUACUAAGGCUUCUAGAUCCGGUCUAAGAGUUCAUCAUUUGGUCAAUGACGAUCCACAAGCUUGGGAAGUCUUCGAAACAAGAUACAGAAGAUUGGUAGAGACAAGACAACAACGUUAUGGUUCCUUCGACUACGAUCCAGAAGAAGAAUUACAACGUUACAAAAGUUACAGAGAACAAUUAAAGCCAUUCGUUGUCGAUUCGGUUAACUUCAUGCACGACGCAAUCAAGAAAAAUAAGAAGAUUCUUGUCGAAGGUGCCAAUGCUCUAAUGCUAGACAUUGACUUCGGAACUUAUCCGUAUGUUACCAGUUCUAACACUGGUAUUGGUGGUGUCAUCACGGGUCUAGGUAUUCCUCCACGUACUAUCAAGGAAGUGUUUGGUGUUGUCAAGGCUUACACUACUAGAGUCGGUGAAGGUCCAUUCCCGACCGAACAACUAAACGAAGACGGUGAAAAACUUCAAAAUAUUGGUGCGGAAUUCGGUGUCACCACUGGUCGUAAGCGUCGUUGUGGGUGGUUAGAUCUGGUUGUUCUGAAAUAUUCCAAUUUGAUCAAUGGCUAUACCUCUUUGAACAUUACAAAACUUGAUGUUUUAGAUACCUUCAAAGAGAUUAAGGUCGGUGUUUCCUACUCUGUUGAUGGUAAGAAGCUAGAAUCUUUCCCUGAGGACUUAUUGACUUUAGCAAAGGUCGAAGUUGAAUAUGUCACCUUGCCAGGCUGGGAAGAAGAUAUCAGCAAAAUUACCAACUAUGAAGAUCUCCCAGAAAAUGCUCAAAAAUAUCUAAAGUUCAUUGAAGACUUCGUUGAAGUUCCAAUCCAAUGGGUGGGCACUGGUCCAGCCAGAGAUGCAAUGGUGCACAAGGAAAUUUGA